UCACACCUUUUGUAGGUCGGCCGGGAAAGUAGUAAACAAGCAAAAAACAAUGGCCAAAGCAGUGUUUACAAAUCAAAUUACUGAUUACAUUAUUGAAAAUGUUCAGGCUGCCGAGUUUAUGUGGAAUCACGCAAGUCCGCUAUAUAAAUUGAAAAGUAUGAAAAGUGAUUUUUGGAUGAAGCUAACGAAGGAAAUCAACGCCAAAUUCCACCCAACCGUACAGCUGAGUCAAGGUGACAUUUCUCGAAAAUGGAACAAUCUCAAAUCCUAUUAUACGUUUGAAAGUCAAAAAGUCAUGAAAGCUAAACAAUGUGAAUUUGCACCUGAAACAUUUGAAGUUGAUUGGAAAAAUAAGUCCAAAAUGGAUUUUCUAGCGAAGACAUUAUCGCCACAAAUCGCGCCAAGCAAGAGAAUCAGAAGAUGCGAAAGAGACGAGCAUAUGCAUCAAAUUAAUAAUCGAUAGAGAUAGUGAUGCAACACCAUUCUGCUACAAUUGAUGUUAUCGUUCUUUUUUUAAUAUCGAUGUACGAAGGUAUCGAUGUUUUUAAUGGCUAUUAAGAAAAUUUUCUUAGCUGCCUCAAUAGUUAGUUGCAGCAAUCGUGUAAUUUGUUUAUCUGCUGCUGCGUAGCUUUUGAUCUUUUCUUAAAAUAGUGAAAGAUGAGUAGAGCUCAGCACGUCAAUGGUUUAACAAUUCAAGAAAAGCUGCAAAUUAUUACAGCUGUAAAUAACAAAGUCAAUAAAAAUAUUCUGUGUGCAAAAUAUGGCUGUGACAAAUCAACAAUUUACCGGAUUAUGAAGAGACAAACUGAAAUUCAAAAAUAUUCAGAAGUAUCUGAAUUAAAGCGAAAACGGCAACGAAAAGGUGUCCAUGACUUGGUAGAGGAAGAGCUUUAUAAAUGGUUCAAAGAACAGGAUUCAAACAACCUUGAUCAGCGUACACUUUUAGCAAAGGCCAAAGAAUUUUGUGUUAAGUUCAACGAUGACUACGAACCCAGUGUCAACUGGCUUUGGCGCUGGCGAAAGCGUCACAACAUUAAAUGCAGAAAAAGUCAUAGCUCAAAUGAUUCCUCACUUACAGCAAAUUUAUCAAUUUGUGACCCUCUAGCAGUUCCUCCUAAUUGGGAAAGUGCUACUAAACCAGACGCUGCGGAUGAUGAAUACUUCAAUAAUAGCAAUUUUGAGUCACAAGAUGAAUCCUGGUCAGGUGAUACUGGAACCCAGUCGUCAUUUCAAGUGCCAGAGCUUGCCAUUGAUGUAGAGGAAGAAAAAUACAGCGAAACUUUAAAAAGAACAGAGAGUACUCAGAAAAUGGAGGAUCGACAUACAGCCAGUCUAGACAAUGCACAUUCCUCAUCUCAUCUACCAGUUUUAACGUCCGAUGAAGAAGAACAAAAAUCGAAUAUUAAUACCUACAAGCGACAUCGGAAAACAACAGACAGACUGGCAACGAUGGUGGCAAAUCUUAUAGAGCAUCAAAAUACUUUGUUCACACAGCGUCCAAAUCAGCAAUCGUCCCUGCAACAUCCUGAAAUGUACGCAUUUUGGGAUAGCAUAAUCAAAGACAUACCUCCGGAAGCAUUGCCGGAAAUCAAAUUUGAAGUAACGGCAGUAUUACACUCAAUUUAUAAAAAAUAUAAAAACUAAAUAGUUGAUAAAAUUGGCAACAAGUAAAAUAGGCAUCCUGUUAUCUAUAUAUUUAUAUAAUUUGAGUCUUCCCUAUUGGUAUCUGCUUUAAAUACGUUCGAAUGGUCAUAUUUCAGAAACAAAUUAAAAAUUGCAACUUAAGUGCACCUAACGAAAAUACCAAAAUGAAAAAGCGUUUAUUUUUUUUCGGUAUUUAUAUAAAACGCAAGACAGCUCACAAUCAGCUGUUUUUUGUUUAUAUUUGCUUGGCGUGAAUUGUCGUUUAUUGGCUGUGGAUAAAUAUAAUUAUAAAUAAUAAAUAUAACAAAUGAAAAACUCAGUAUGAAUUUACUAGAUUUGGAUGAUGAUUCCCUUAGUUGUUUAUUACAUCAUUUGCCCAUAGAGGAUCAUAUGAACUUUGCCAAAGUUUGUCAACGAUUCCAUCGCAUUUGGGAGGAUUACAAAUGUUGGAUUUACAAGCGAAUGGAACUGGGAAGUACAUCAGACAAGGGCUUCAAACAAGAGUUGAUUUUACUGCACCAUACAGCAGAUUAUGUGAAGAAUUUAAUUGUGAAUCUAAAUAGAAAAUUCGAAUGGAAUAAAAUAUACAUGGCAAAAUUUCUGAAUAUGCUGAAGAGAAUGCAUACUCUGGAGCGUCUUAUACUGUGGUUAAAAGACGACGAGCCUUAUGAAGUACUCGAGACUAUAAUUCGCACCCUUGAGCACCUGCCGAACAUAAAGUGCAUUGCAACCUAUCAAGACAAUGAAGUUGUGGAUAUUUUGUAUCAGUUUGAUGAUUAUGAGGAUUUCCUGAAAGAAUCCAAAAUGAGUAGAAAUCCAAUGAUUGAACCUAUCUAUUCCCAUACCAAAAUACGCCUUUUGGUAUUAAACAACGCCCCCAUUAAAGAAACACUUGCCGAUCUCGCCCAGCACUCAAAACGCAUCAAGGAACUUAGUUUUCGGAUGACGCAAAAGGCUGAAGAAUAUUCUCCACUCGCUGAGUUGCCAAAUCUACGUGUGCUACAGAUCUUUGGGCAUUAUGGUGAUGAUUGCCCGGACUUAAUGCCUUUAGUUACUGCUCUAUCCUCAAAGCUAUUACACCAACUAUCAUCACUGACGAUUCAUGUGCCUGGCCUGGGAUACGAUGAGACUGCAGAAAUUAUACGCAUUGAGGGAUUACAAAGAUUGGACUGCCAUUUUAGCGAGCUUCGCUGCCUCGAAUUGUUAAAGCAUCUUAAAGUGAUUACAUAUCUUUUUAUUAGAGUAGCUCAUACCGAAAAUAUUGACAAUCUAGUCUUGACAAUUAUUGAACAUUGUCCAACGCUACUUGUUAUACAAAUUGAUUCGCCCAAUUUAAGCCGCAGUAUUAUUCCAAAGGCAUUGAAAGUGCUGCAAAAGCUGCGAAAUUCAAAGGAUCAAAGCCCACUGAGACUAAUGUUCGGGAAAAACCCAGUACAACUUGAUGCAGACACGAGAGAGUACUUGAGAGUUUUCUGGUAAACACAAUAUGUUUGACAUUUCGCCAAUGCUGUGAAUAUUUAAAAUAUAAGUUUGUUGAAUAAAGUGUGUUAACAUUUUUUUUAAAA